GCUGUCCCGCAUCGAUCAGGACCGUCGGUGGUACGAACUAAAAAAGCAGAGAAUCGUUUGGUAGCGCUCUCUCCUUCGCCUUCACCCUCAUCACCAACGACAACGCCAGUUGAUCAACAACCACUAAAUGCUGUUGAACAACGUGCUCUCGAACAUCAGAAGCGUCAUGAAUGGAGACAGGCCAGGUAUAAAUCGUUAGAAGCCGAUUCAGCAGCAGCUGAAGAAGUGAUGUUACAAGUGCAGCAAAUUAAUAGUGUUCGUUUUGAGAUAACUUCAUUUUAA